CAAGCUGGAGUUCCACGCGUGCCUGCGCUUUUGUGUGUCCCUACGUCCACUGCCUGCUUGUUCGUUCUGGAAGCGUGUUCCGUGGGCGACGUCAGUGUUACACCUUUAUACGAGUGUUGUGCCUUUGUGCUGUGGCCCUUUACGCCACAGUGAAAAAGAGAGUGUUGCUGUGUGUGUGGCGGGCGAGGAGAGACACACAGUGACUGUGUUGGGAAUGUGAUUGUGAGGAGCGCAGCCAUGAUGGAUGGGUACAGAGUGGUGAGGGUGAUCGGGGAGGGCUCCUUCGGCCGGGCCCUUCUGGUCCGCCCUGCCAACAGUCAAGAACAGUUCGUGUUGAAGGAGAUCCGUGUGACAAAGAGCCGCCGUGGAGCGGAUUCCUCCCACAGAGAAGCUGCGCUCCUGUCCACCAUGAACCACCCCAACAUCGUGGCCUUCAGGGACUCCUUUGAAGCUGAUGAGCAUCUGUACAUUGUCAUGGAGUACUGCGCUGGUGGGGAUAUUCUGCAGAGGAUCAAGGGACAGAGAAAUGCCCUGUUCACACAGGAUGUGAUCCUGAACUGGUUUGGCCAGAUGUGUUUAGGGACAAAGUACAUCCAUGACCAGCGGGUUCUCCACAGGGACCUGAAGUCCAAGAACAUAUUCCUUGCCAGUAAUGGAGCGGUUAAGCUGGGGGACUUUGGGUCUGCUUGUGUUCUUAAAAGUUCGGAGGCCUAUGCUUACACGUAUGUGGGAACACCUUACUAUGUGUCACCAGAGAUCUGGGACAGUAAACCUUAUAAUAAUAAGAGUGAUGUGUGGUCCCUGGGCUGUGUCCUUUACGAGCUCUGCACCCUUCGUCACCCGUUCCAGGCAGCGAGCUGGAAGAGCCUGAUUCUCAAGGUGUGCCGCGGGGCCUACCCUCCAUUGCCUAGUCACCUGCCCUACGAGCUGCACCAUCUCAUCAAGCACAUGUUCAAGACAAACCCGCGUGACCGGCCAUCUCUCAACACCAUCCUCACCUCGCACCGUAUUUCACGGCUCCUGCGGAAACACUUGCCCCCACAGGGCCGCUUGGCUGUGGACCCCCAGGUGCUGGAGGGAGGGCAGGCUGGCAAGUGGAAGAAAAAGGAAGGGGUGAAAGUGGCAACUUACCUGGGUCAGAAGAGCCUGCUGGAAAGCUCACGUUCACUGGCAGGAAGCUGUGCUGAACCGAUGGACAAGGAGGAGAGGAAAUGUCCUCGGAGAAAGUGGGUUGAAAGGCCGUCUGAGUCUGUGUUGGAGAUACUGAGGAACGCUGACCUCACGAGUUCCACGUUCGGUUCCUCCGUGGUCAGCCAGGAGCGCAGCUCAACGCAGUCGACCCCUGAGGACCCUGGGACCACGGGUCCCCGGCGCCAAUGGGACAAGAGGCCCCCAGAGAGACUCCUGAGCCUGCUGGAGAAGGCCCCGGUCAGUCUGGCCUUUGAGACCUACACUGUCCACAGGGAAGCUGGUGGAAAUCCCUUGGUGGGCCCACUGUCCCAAGCCGGGUGGGAUGACACAGAUGGGCUUGCUGAGGACCUCUUGGACAGCCAGCGGCUGGAGCCGCGAUCUGACGAUGAGGACACGGAUUUUGAAGAGGAUUCUCCCUGUGACCUGAUAGGCGAAUUGGAAAAAAUUACUCUCUCGCUCUAGUGACCAGUAACGGCACUUCCUCAAACAUUUAUUUAUGACUUUGCGUUGUCUGAUGGCUAAACUAAGGAGUAGGAAGUGUGGGAGACCCAUAAGGGUUCCACUCCUGGGGGCUCCUAUGUAUGUCGAUUUAAACACACUACCUUUGGGUUAUGCUGUAGCUACGGCUGUACACUUUAACGUGCUCUUUUUAACCGUUUCGACCUCAUUCAAGAGUGUUUCCACACUUUUUUUUCCAUUCCUCUUAGCUCCAUUGUGAGAGCGCUAGAGUUGCUUUUACCGUGAAGAAUAAUGUGGUGAAAACAGUGUAACGAGCAGCGCCGCCCAUGUGCAGAAACUUUUAAAAACUGAGAUAAAUCAUGCACACCAUCUGUGUCCUUUCAAACUUCCACACUGUUAACUUAUGUUUUUAUGUCUGAUUUUCUAAAAAAUUAUUUUGGAAUAUUUUUCAUAUUGCAGGUUUGCAUACCUCAGAAACUUUGUGUGUAUCAUUGAUAUGAACUUGCACGUUUGGAUUGAACACUAAAGUAUGGAUAUAACACUUUUUUUUUUUUU